AUCAUUUUUAACCUCCAACAUCCUCUGCGGACUUGCGUAUGCAGGUAUUUUUCUGAGAUGGAGCAUAUCCUUACUAUCAGCGGAAAAUAUACAGAGUCUGCUCGUCACAAAAAUUCGCACUUCUGGGAUUCGCAGCAGCUCAGACCAUCAGAUUUUGACAACUUUCGCCCUGCAAUCAACUUGAACACGCUAAUUGCUCUCUUGAAACCUCCAAAGGAAGAGAAGGUUGACGAAGGAGACUAUGAUAUACAUGAUGAAGCACUUGAAGCCGAUGGAGGCGUACGGGGAGCUUAUGUUGAAGUGCAACAACACGUGGGGAACAAGCGACGACGCUCUGCCUCUGCCUCUCCUGUGAAAAGCAAGAGACGGAAGGUUGCCGAGGGUGGUGAUGGAUUAGAUGCUGACAACCAGUCGGAACCAUCCUCGGACGACUCCUAUGGACGCGAAGAUGACUGGCAUGGCCCAGCAUACAAGCAAAUAUACCCUUGCAUAUGGGAAGAAGGUCGUUGCGAGGAAAUAAAAGUUGAUCCUGGAAGCCAGUUUCUACCGGUCUUCAAAUACUCUUUCGAAAUGCGUUAUACGAAAUCAACCCAAGGUGAUGACGACAACUCUUAUGUGCCCGACCGAGCAGCGAAGAAACUUGGGUGGCUCAAGGAGGAACAUGAUCUUCUAUCUCUACUUAUCGCGCUCUGCCCUGACCGUUCUCAACCUCAAACAUUCGACCUUGGCAGGUUCUGGGUUCAGAACUACAAAACGCGCUUGUUAGCUCUUUCAGGCGAGCUGGACUGCCCCAUGAACCCCUAUCCUGAGGAAAUCAAGGAAAGGAGUGAGCGGUGGUUCUUCCUCCUCCCUCAAGUUGCAUGGCCAGACGUACUCGAAGAGGAAGAGGAUGAUAUGCAACAUUCCCCCAAGCAUGAUGAUCUUCUCAAGGCACUCUUUACCUUCCAGUCGUUAGGUCGUGCAAAAAUCGAGACAAGCGUUCAGGUGAUCAUCCUUCCUGAAGGUGGCUACGACCAUGCAAAGGAGUUACCUUUCCGGCUAUUCGCACAGUUCGACGUGUCCGUCAUUGUGCCCAGAUUGUAUGAACCAUUUGACACCAAGAAGAUUUCUCAAAAGCGCGUUUCAGAACUCGAAGGAUUACAGAGGCGCUUGAUUGCUCUUUUUACCCUAACAUCGGUAGACCAUCCGCUAUUCGACAGUGAACAUGAUCCAAGAGGGGAUGCAAGUAUCCCAUUUUUUUACGGUAUUCUUCGCCCGGCACCCGCUCUUUCGCAAGGCGUGACAUACGAGUCCCUCCAGCCUGAGGGUUUGUUGACAGUGCUCUUACCCUUCCAACGGCGCAGUGUCCAGUGGAUGCUCCUACGCGAAGGGAAGACGAUGACUCAGGAAGGCAGUGUCAUGCCAUACACUCCUCCCCAAUCCCGGUUUCUCAUGCCUCCAUUUUGGACCAAGAUCUCGCUCGGGGGGCGGGAGCACUUCUUCAAUACGCUCGUCGGCGUCGUAAGCCCUUCUCUGGCAGAAGACAACGCUGCACUAGGGGGAAUACUUGCAGAGGAGCCAGGGCUCGGGAAGACAAUUGAAUGUAUUUCUCUCAUUCUACUGAACCCCGCGCCUGAGCGUAGUCCUAUCAACAAACGAUGGGAUCCCGAAGCCAAGCUUGAAGUGAAGGAGAUCAAGACUACUCUCAUUGUCACUCCCCCUGCACUCGCGCCUCAAUGGGUAGACGAGCUUGCUGUUCAUGCUCCAGGGCUCAAGGUUCUCAUCUAUGAUGGCUGGUCGAAAGUCGGUGUGCCCAUCACCCCGGAUGAUGUCGAAGACGAACGAGAACGGCGGUGCAGAUCCCAGAAGCAAAAAUCUAGAAAAAAUGGAUCCAAGGUUCAAAAGACUGCAAAAGGGAAGGCGAAGGCGCUUGAUGACGAGGAUGCCAUGGACAUCGAUAUCGAAGAGAGACCAUCCGUGGUCGAGGAUGAUGACAUACUUGAUUGGUGCUCCUAUGUGAACACAUUUGAUGUUUGCAUCACGACAUACAAUGUGCUCCGUCAAGACUUGACUGUUGCCCGCGCACCACCCAAACGUCCUCGUCGUGCACAGGUGGAGUACUCAAACCUUGAUCGUCCUAGAAGCCCCCUUGUCAUGUGCGAGUGGUAUAGAGUGAUUAUGGAUGAAGUGCAAAUGAUGGGGACCGGCAAAUCCGAAGAGAUGGUGUCUUUGGUGCCUCGACUGUCGUCGUUUGCGGUGUCUGGAACACCGGCCCGUACUCAGGUUUCUGACCUCAUUCGUGUUUUAAGGUUCUUACGUGUCGACGAUGUCGUCGGUCCGGCCCGCAUGUGGAAUCGACUGAUGAAGCACACAUUCAAGAAACAGUUCGCUGACCUAUUUCAACGAUACGCUAUCCGGACACUCAAGUCUGCUGUCAAGGACGAAUUAACCAUCCCGCAACAGCGGAGAUACCUUGUUAGUAUUGAAUUGGGAAGGGUUGAACGUCACGUUUACGAUCACCAUCUCGAGGCAGCGUUAGUUGAUCUUGGUUUGGACGCGCGCGGAGUUGCUGCUUCUGAAGGGUGGCAGAUUGAUGCUACUCUGCUGCGGAAUGUGUUGAGAAAGCUUCGUGGUAUCUGCACUCAUCCUCAAGUCGGACAAUUGCAGCGGCCAGGGGACAAGCUGGCUAAGCCUGGUGCCCUCAAGAGCAUCGGCGACGUUCUCGAGGCUAUGAGAGACCAAAACUGGCGCAACUUCAUGGAUGAUCGUAAAGCAAAGGUUCAAGCCCUUGUUCGCUUUGCCCAGCUCCAGCAACACAACGAUCUGAACCUUGAUCGAUACCACCGUGCUUUGGACUACCUUAUAAUUGCAGAGCAAGAAGCAAACGAAAUAAUCGGCGACAUCAAGACCACCAUAACAGAACACCAAGUCAAAGGAGAAGUUCUGAAAAAUGAAGCGCGAGCUCUCCGAGAAUCUCGUCAGAAGAACCUUCCGGACCUUUUGGGGAUGAACAAAGGCAAAGGAAAACGAGAAAUGUCACCUCUCACUGAUGUAGACGAGGACGUUGAUGACGUUGAUGAUGUUGAAGAUCGAGGUCUUCCCAAGACUCCCGCAGGCGAAGAGCACAGUAUCAAGCGGCGGGCCCUGCAACAGCGGUUACGAGAGUGUCUGAUGGUUUUGCACCGUGUCAAAUUUUUGCAGGGGGACGUGUAUCAUGUUCUAGGUGCAUCGCAAUCAGAUAAGGAAGAUGCCUCGUACGCUGCAGCUGAGACCCUGCGAAAAGACCUGCUGAAAUCGACGGAGGAGAGUGCCAACAAAGCAAUGAGCGUCCUGAGUGCCGACACUACUGGACGGGGCGUUAAUGAGGAGUCCUUACAAAUCCCACUUCCUCUUCUUGAUAAAGGCGGAAAACAAUCGACGCAUCUCUUUGACGAAGCCAAUGACAUCAUAGAGCUCGCAUUGAACGAACAAACCGCUUUGCUGUGGGAGUGGCGCACCUGCAUCUAUGCUUUGUUGACUCAGAAAUUAGCAGCAAAUAAUGACCAGGCCGAUGGGGAGGAAUACUCUCGUACAUUGGAUACUCAGGGCGAAGCCGAGAUAUAUAUGCAGGCAUAUGCCGCACUGCUUGCGGACCGCAGAGAGGCGAUUUCUGCCGAACGAACGCUCCUUGCUGCGCAUGAUGCACGGGAACACAAAGUACGACGAACAAAAGCAGCCGCGAGAGCGGCUGCUCAGGCAAUGCCGGAUGAAGAUUUCGAGAUCCCUGAGGAUGUCGAAGUUCAACCUCAACAUGAAGUCCUACACAGAGACCUCACAGAGCAGCGUAAAGAUCUCCACGACCAGUUUUCUGGGAGAGCGUUACGAUCUAUCAUGGUCGAUCUGAGUGCUGUAGCGGCCCGCAUUGCAUCUGAGAAGGACCCCGAGAAGCUCAUCGCCAAGGAUGGUGCAAACUCAUUACGAACCUUGAUCGCGCAGCAAGUGGCGCUCAUGGAUAAGCUUGAUGCUGACUUGAGUCAACUGCGGAAGAUCUUCAACGAACGUAUCCUUUAUUUCCGUCAACUGCAGGAAAUUUCUGAUACUGUCACAGAAGCAGUGUGGGACGGUACCGUUGUUUUGGCUAUGGAGGAAUGCGCAGCCGAACGCAUGGAAUUGGAAGGCAAAAUCAAUACAUCCCGCGCCCGUCAGCGGUACCUGAACCAUCUAGCGAAAAAUAAAGAAGAGGGCGUCACUGACGAGGAUGACGAGGCUUGCAUUCUUUGUAGAUGCGACUUUAAGCGAGGAUUCAUUACCCAAUGCGCGCAUAUUUUCUGUGAGGGAUGCAUGAAGGCUUGGGUCACUCGCAGGGAGGGAAGAGCUUGCCCAGUUUGCCGUGUCAUUAUCAAUGUAGACCAAUUGCAGCGUUUCACAGUUAAAGCAGACAAGCCUGCCCCUGCUAAACCUGUCAUGGUGAACAACGAGCCCGCCCCGGUGUCUCGAAGGGAAAUCCAAUACAACAUGAUAAAUCCUACACUCUUUGAGGAAAUCCAGACUAUGGAAUCAAAUGGAAGUUACGGCAGCAAAAUACAGGCACUGGUCAGACAUUUGUUGUAUAUCCAGUUCACCGACCCAGGUGCAAAGAGCAUUGUAUUCUCGGCGUGGGCUGAUUCACUGCAGAUCAUAGAACAUGCCCUCACCUACAAUGGCAUCUCAUACUUAAGACUCGACCACGCAAAAGGCAAAGGCAAAGACAGCGGUGCUAAGAAAUUCCGCACAGACCCUGCCUUACAAGUAUUGUUACUACAUGGGGAGAGAGAUAAUGCUGGCUUGAACGUGACUUGUGCCUCACGCGUAUUUCUCGUCGAGAGCGUGGUCAACCAUGGUUUCGAAGUUCAAGCUAUUGCACGAAUCGAUCGUAUGGGACAGAACAAGCCGACAGAAGUCUUCUGCUAUUACGCCGAGGAUACCGUGGAGAAGAAUAUUCUCGACCUAGCAGCUCGGCAAGGCCUCUCGCUCUAUACGAAAGACAAUUCCGCUGGAACAAUCAACUUAACACCCUUCGCCAUGGAUGCCGGGAAGAAGACCGUCGAAUCCUCAGGGAAGAAGAAGCAGGCACAAAAAGGCGACUUCAUCUUCAAAGUAAACGACAUGCUGGCCAUCCUGUUCCCUCAUAUGUUCGAGGAGAUCCAGUACCUUCUUCCCCCAGAAGAACCCAGUGAUGAGAUGGAAGUAGAACCACCAGGGCGGAAUGCACAGCUUAACGCAGAAGCCGGGCCUUCGAGACUCCCAUUUUGAGCCUCCCAGCCUCCACAUGCUUCCAUGAGCAAUCGUAUAAUUACAUAAAUUCAUAAACUUCAUAGAAGUAUGGAAACAUGAUGCUUGCUACUGGAGCUAAACAUAGA